CACAGAGACACACAUACACACACACACACACUCAGUGACAGGACGGGAACUGGAGAGCAGAGGACCAUUUCACUGUCGCGGAGGAAACUGCUGCUGCUGCUGCACCUGUAUCGAGGUUUUAAGUUUCAUUAAGCCUCGUUAGGGGACAGCUGGACGUGUUUUAGUGGCUCUGACUGUAAUCCUGCUGAGCGGAGCACCAUGAUCAGCUCGGAGGGCCUGAGGCCGUCCACGAACGGUAGGAAGCCGCUGGGGAAGCUCGCCUCCCGGGUGGAGGAGGUGAAGAACCCGUGGCGGCAGGUCUCCACGCUGGAGCUCAGCCACAACGAGGCGGCGCGGCUGGCCACGGACGCGCUGCUGGAGCACGGAGAGAAGGAGUACCGGCGGGUGCUGUCCGAGGAGCGGGAGCUCAACUUCCUCUCCCCGCUGGAGAUCCGCUACAUCACCCAGCAUGCGGCCAAGACCUGCGGCCCCGAGAGUAACGGCACCGGCCUCAACGACCGGGACUUCGGGGACGGGGACGCCGUGUCCGAGCUCACCUCCGGGACUUACUUCCCGAUGAUGUCCGACGAGGAGCCGCCGAUGCUGGAGCUCGGCUGGCCGGACGCCCCGGUGAGAUACGGGCCGUCUGAGACUCAGAUCUACUUCCAGAGAGACAAGUCUCACAAUGUCAAAGACCUGAUCAGAUCCCUCAUCAACAAGGCCAAAAAGGUGAUCGCGCUGGUGAUGGACGUGUUUACGGAUGUGGACCUGCUGUGUGACCUGAUGGAGGCGUCCAGCAAACGCAAAGUGCCCGUCUACAUCCUGCUGGACGAGAAGAACCUCAGCUACUUCACAGAGAUGUGCUCCAUGCUCGAUAUUCACAACUCGCACCUGAGUAACAUGCGUAUUCGCAGCGUAUGCGGAGACACAUACUGCACCAAGAGCGGCAAGAAGUUCACCGGUCAAGUCCUGGAGAAGUUUAUGAUCAUCGACUGUGAAGAGGUCAUCGCCGGGUCGUACAGUUUCACCUGGCUGUCAGCUCAGGUCCACAGCAACAUGGUGAUGCAUUUCUCAGGUCGCAUUGCCGACAGCUUCGACCGGGAGUUCCGCUGUCUGUACGCCGACUCGGAGAUCAUCGACUGUUUUUACAACCCAGAGGAGGAGGGGAUGCCCUACUUCCCGCCGUACCAGGCCGUGAUGGGGCCCGGUAUGGGCAUGGGCAUGGGGCUGGAUUUAGUCUCUGACAGGCAAAGGGAAAAGGUGUGCUCUGAACACUCCAGCAGCUCAAGUGACAGCGUUUCCAGUGUGAAGGCUGCACCAGGAAUGACCUCCAACACGGUGUACAAGGUCCAGCAGGGUCACGACAUGACCGAGUCCAACGGUAACUCCCACCUCAGCCCUGACAGGAGAGGUGGAGAAAGAGGAGGACAAACCCAGACCCCUCAGGGUCAGGUCACUCCAACACCACGAGUCCCCUCCGGCAAAGGAUCCAAUCACAGUUCAGGUCCUGAGCGACCAUCACAGACCUACGGCCAACCGAUGGGCAUCGAGUGGAGCAAGCCAAACCCAGGAGACAUCAUCAGGACCAAUAUAGGCGGCACCUCCUCCAAGUUCCAGGCGUUGGGGUUGUACGACCACAAACCGAGCAAGUUCAACAGCGCUGGACUCUCCCCCAGCACCCCCAGCCCAAACCCCAAGACCCCGACCCCCUCCCCGGCCAACGACAGCAAACUCACCCCCAGGCAGAGGACUUCCUCCAACCAGUUCCUCAACAAACUCCAGGAGCGCUUCUUGCCCUCCUCCAACAAAGACAAAGAUAAAGACACCUUCAACUUCCGGAGGCCACCCUCCCCUCACAGCUCCUCGCCCUGGGGGGGCCCAGACCUCUGUCCCACUGAGCCAGAGAGCCAGCAGAGCCCGCCACCACCGGUCUCCCCGCCUAUGCUCAUCAACCGACAUGACCAGAAGCGAAUGACGCUGGGUCACAGCAAGCUGGACCUGGUGAACCAAUACAACAAGAUGAAAUCCAGACAGGUGUACAGCCGCUUUGAGCUGAAGAGCUCUAAUUAAGUGACAAGCUCAGAUUGAUGUCAUCUGUAAACUCUCUAAAUUUGUCUCUUUUUACAUGUUUAUAGUAAAAAUAUGGAGAACCAAGUGUCCUUGGUUGUUUUUAUAAAGUCAAAUCAACGGGCAGUCCUUCGUCUGUUUUCCUCCGUGAUUCUUGAUAUCGACUCUGUCAUCAUGUGAGGAGCCAUUAUAAGUACAGUCAGGUUGUGACUCUUUGUGGAGUCACAGUUUACAAAAAAAUUGUACAUUUACAAAUGUAUUAAUUGAAACUGAUCUGACUUUAGGCACACGCUAGCUUCCACAGUCAUCAUUCGUAGAAAAGAAAAACAAGGUUGUUACUAAAAGUCUCAAAUGUUUUACAUAAAUCCGUGUCCUAACGCACAUCUGUUUUAACAUGGCAGUUGAACUGAGUGAUGAAGCAUGACGACAGAUCGCCCUCAGGUUAAAGAAGUAAUCAUAGAAUAAUCUUGAAGUUGAAUUGAAAUUUCACUUUUUGAGUAAGGAAAUAUAAAUGAUGAUACUGCAGCUACUGUGCAGAUCUUAUAUUAUUUUUUAAAAAGGAUAAAAAUUGUCACUUAUGUGAGACACAAUGUCAAAAGUGUUGAUACCAAGAGGUUUUUCCUUCUUUUUCAAACAGCCAAUGUAACGCUGGUUAUGUACUAUUAGCGAUAUCUGACGACCGUGCCUUUAAACGUACACAAUUAGCGAGAGUCUGUUAUGCUGUUACGUGAUCCCGCAGCCUAGCUUGCUAACGUUAGUGCUGAUUCCCGCUUUGCUUUUAGCAACUGAGUCAGCAGCUGCUCCUCAUUCAUCACACAUGGUACAGAGAGAAGCUAACGGGAAGCUAAUCAGUCUUUUGUCAACUUCGUCUCCUCCUGUAGAAAUUACGUUUAUAUACGGCUGAAUUGAACAAUCCAACAACACAAACAGAAAAAGUCCAGAAGUGAAAGUCUUGAAAUGUUUUUAAAUCAAAUAUAUGUGUAAAAACAUGACCCCAAUGUAAAGAACACUUCUUCAUCCCCAAGUUUGUUUCUUUCAUUUAAUACUUUUUUUUUUUUUUUAGAUUACAAUGUUUCUGUAACACUCCUGUAUAAUACUGUAUAUGUGCCUUAAUCAUCCUGCCUUCAGGUUUACACAUUUUAGACCCACAGUAAUAUCUGCAGUGACUUUAAAAUAAGUGUUAAUUAAAAGGUACACAUGUGCCUAUUAUAAGCGUCUGAUGCUACAGGGAGCACAUCUCGCUGUAGACAGUAACAGUGGAAGCAGUGCAAUGAUUUCCUGGUGCUGUAUCUCAUUACAAUUCUAGGAAAUCAGGUGUAAAUGUAGAAAGUGAAGGGCUUUUUGAGGCGAGGCAGGUGGGAAAUAUUCUCAGCAGAUUAACUGUUUACACACUGCAGUAGCUUUCAUACCCAUAGAUACGUUUAUUAUUAUUAUUAAUAAUAUUAAGUUCCUCAUUAGACUUUUUUUUUAAAGAUUUUUUUCAAAAACGUAAAUUUGUACAUAGUGUUAAUUAACCUCUAUUAGAUACUGUUAAUAAUCUUUGUAUUAUUGACUGUCUUUGUGAUGAAUUGUGCUGAUGAACAGUAGUUUUUCAUCGCUCGGCACUACAGGGCUUUAAAACUAAUUCCUCCUCAGCAUUGAGAGGAAAUGAAAACCUGAGCAAUAACGAUUGACAGUGAUCAAUUAUUUUGAUAUAUGUGUUUUCAUUUUGCGUGCGUUUUUGUUUACUGCUUACUCCAGAACCAGUUUGGUUUGUUAGUAUUUUCUUUCUGUCUAAGGACUUUAUGUACUAUAUGUAAAUGCAGUAUAUUGUAUAAAGCACAUGAACUGACUGUCAGGAUUUUGGGUUGUUUUUAAGGAAACAUUUGUUUAUAUAAUUUUAUUUGUUUUAUUUUACAGUGUCUUUAUUUACUGGAGAAUGUGAACUUCUGUAUUUCAGUUGGUCUUAAUUUGUAAGAUGAACUUGAAAAUUUAAUAAAAGCAAAAAGCUGAAG